AUGUUUUUUCUUGGCUAUCGUGUGAUAAAUACUCGGAUUUAUACUCGGAUUUUGGUUCAUACCAGUGCAAAUGCGCGCUUGUUCAGUUCUUAUCUACCACCCCGUGGUGAUUUUUCAGUUUUAACUGAUAAAGAUUUAUCACACUUCGAGCGGAUUGUAGGGAGAACAGCAGUAUGCACUACUGGUAUUGAUGCUUAUAAUACUGACUGGAUGAAGCACUACAAAGGUUCAUCGAAAUGCGUACUAAUGCCAACAAAUGUCCAUGAGGUAUCGGAGAUUAUAAGACAUUGUUACGAACGACGACUUGCUAUCGUGCCACAAAGUGGUAACACUGGUUUAGUUGGAGGUUCUGUUCCUGUUUAUGAUGAAAUUAUACUAUCAUUAUCGAAAGUCAAGAAAAUUUUCGAUUUUGAUCCACAAUCAGGUCUACUGGAUUGUGAUGCGGGAUUUAUUCUCGAACAUAUAAACGAGAAACUAAUUGCAUAUAAUUAUAUGAUGCCGUAUGAUCUUGGCGCGAAAGGAUCAUGCAUGGUUGGAGGUAAUCUUUCAACAGCUGCUGGAGGAAUUAGAUUUAUGCGAUUUGGUCCUAUUCACAGUUAUCUUUUGGGUUUAGAAGUGGUAUUGCCUGAUAAGAAUGGCUCGAUAGUCAAUUUUGGGAGGAAAUUACGAAAAGACAAUACGAACCUUCACAUUCAUCAUCUUUUUGUCGGGUCUGAAGGUCAACUUGGUGUGAUUACUCGUGUUUCACUGGGUGCCGUAAUUAAACCGGCCAUCACACAAGUUGCUAUGCUAGGUGUAAUGAAUUUCGCUGACUGUUGCCAAAUUUUAUCAAACGCUCGAAAGUAUCUCGGUGAGAUUCUUUCAGCCUUUGAAUUAAUGGAUUUGGAUUCUAUGAAAAGUCUUCGUGAUAAUGAAUCAUUACAGAAUGUCUUCUGUUCUGAUCCGCCAUUUACUAUUCUUAUCGAGACUCUUGGUUCUGAUGAAGAGCACGAUCAUCAAAAAAUGGAUCGAUUUCUAAAUGAAGUUCUUGACAAAAAUUUAGCUAUUGAUGGAAUUCAAGCUAAGAGUAUUGAAGAAAUCGAUUAUAUAUGGAAACUUAGAGAAACUAUUUCACUUUCACUUAUGCGCGAUGGUUAUGUCUAUAAACACGAUAUAUCGCUACCUCUAGAAUAUUUUUAUAAAAUAACUGAAGUUAUAAGGGAAAAAGUGAAAAGUCAAGCCACUCGAGUGGUUGCCUUCGGCCAUAUGGGUGAUGGAAAUUUGCAUUUAAAUGUGACUAGCAGCGAAUAUAAGGAAGAAAUUUAUAACAGGUUGUAUCCAUUUCUUUAUGAAUGGGUAGUUAAACAUGGCGGAAGUAUUAGUGCGGAGCAUGGAAUAGGUCGUUUAAAAAAACCUUACAUGGUAUUCGGUAAGAUGUCUACUUGUUUACGGUUAUCAAAAGAACUAAAGACAUUUUUUGAUCCUAGACAUAUACUUUCGCCUUAUAAAAUGUUUUAA